AAGCAUGCAAUAUGGCUACGGCAGGAGUUCGAUUGGAUAAGAUGGAAGAAAAUGGCAUGCGAGGUGUUAUUAAAUUUUAGUGAAAUGUUUACUUGCUCCGGUUGUGUAGAAUGGGAGGCUGCAUAGGUAUAACAAGGGCAAGAAAUGCCUCGAUCAAUGAUACAUCAGAAAAUGCGAGCAGAACUAAUUCGGGAAAUACAAGAAAAAAUCAUCUUUUAUGUCACGAGGUAAUCAGAUGGAAAUCUGAUGUACCUCUGACGGAGGGUCAGCUGAGAAGUAAGCGAGAUGAAUUUUGGGACACUGCACCAGCAUUUGAUGGCCGUAAAGAGAUUUGGGAUGCACUGAGAGCAGGUGCAACUGCAGCAGAAGCACAGGAUUAUCAGUUGGCACAGGCCAUAUUAGAUGGGGCUAAUAUUUCUGUACCAAAUGGUUUCUUAACUGAAUGUUACGACGAGUUAGGAACUCGUUAUCAAGUACCUAUUUAUUGUUUAUCCUAUCCAAUUAAUAUCGUAAAAGAAGAUAGUGGAAGAGACUCACCUGCUGAUUGCUCAGAACCAGUCAAUGAAGGAACAGAACAAACUUUAAAACUUAGACUGUCAACUACCUUAGGAGAAGUUAAACUACCUGUUUAUAGCAAUGACACCAUUGCUAUCGCUAAGAAAAAAUUACAGAGUCAAGAAGGUUUAGAACCUUCACGUCAAAGGUGGUUCUUUGGAGGUAAAUUGCUUGGCGAUAAAAUGCAUAUAGAAGAAGCGAAGGUACAGCCAGGUUACGUAAUACAAGUAAUUGUAAAUCCAGAGAAGUUAGAUAACAGCUCUGGGAGGAUUAGCUGAACUGAUAAUAUGCAUAAGCACACAACAAAGUAUGUUUCAACCAGCAAUCAGUAAUAAGUAUAUUUUUACGCUUGUUAACAAAACUUGUUAAUCAUAUCAAAGAAUAUUAUGGUUUUACUUUUUUUGUAUUUGUCACAAAUAAUAAAUCAUUUUAGGAUAAAUUGGACAUAACAAAAUUUCCUAUUAAUAUAAAUUUCUUUACUUAAUGAAACCAUGAAUUAAGUGCAAUUUUUUUUUUGUUGUGUAUCAUAUAUUUACUUAUAUACACAUUAUCAUAUACAAUAAAAAUGUAAAAAAAGUUAUAUAAGAAUAAAAGCAAAAAAGAGACAAAUUAUUAAUAGAACAAAAAUAGCAUAUCUGUAUAAAAUCGGUUUUUUCAAUAAGAUGAAUUUUUUCAUCAAGAAAAUUGACUGAAAUGAUUUAUUUAUAUUUACGUAAGAUACACACACACACAUACACACACACGCACGCACACGCACGUAUACACAUAUAAACAUUUUUUUUAUAAUUCAUUUUCUAAUUAAUGUGUAAGAGUUUAUGCAUUUUUUCACAUUUUCAAAAGUUUUUUUUUUAUUAUGAUUGCAAAAUUCACUAAAAGUGACAUAUUAAAUUGUAUUAUACAUUAAAACAGAACAGCUAUUAUGUGAGAUAAUAUUUUAUAAAAUAUAUAUAUAUAUAUAUAAUAUAUAUUAUAUUAUAUUAUAUAAAGUAUAAAAUAUUGCUUUUAUAAACGAGGGGAAAUGGUAAUUUUUUUUAAUCUGUUCGUGUCAUUGUAUGUAAUUACAUCAUGUACGAAUACGAAAAGCAGAACUAUAUUCAAUGGACAAUAGUGAAAAAAGAAAAUAUAAUACUCAUUGCAAAAUACUAUAUACUUAGACUUCUUUAACAAUCUAUGUUCUACUUGCAAUUAUUGACUUAUUUCUUCGUAAUUUUUGUCACGAGUUAGUCUUACAUAAGAAAAUAAUAUAAGAAUUAAUUUGUUUUUUAAUCCAUAUAUUCACUAAUAUUUCUUUUCUAAUACACUUAUUGUCCUACAUUAACGUAUUAUAUAGUGAAAUAAUUUUAAAUUAUUGUGUACUCACAUUUUAUCUCUCAUAAAAAUCUAAAUUUUUGUAGGCCUAACAUUGUUUUGUAAGUAUAGUUAAGAUGUUGAAUAAGAUUUUGACAACUGAAUUCUGUUUAGAAGAGAAUUAUGAUAUAAGACUAAGGGUAAAUUUGCAUUUAUCUCACAUAAACAAAAUUACGAAUUAUGUAACCACUAAGUUUACUAUAUAUGCAAUAUGUAUAUUGCAUGUACUGUAUAUAUCAGAGAGACGAGUUCUCACAGAGUGCAUCAAACAAGUCAAUGAUUAUUGAAUAAGAUUUAAUCAUGAUAAUCUUGUAUUUUAUAUAUAUCACUUAAAUUGUGCGUAUGAAAAAUUGCACUGCCCAAUUUCGACUAGUUCAUUAAAAUUUUAAUAUUUUAAUAUUUUAAUAAUAGUUCUGGUAUCUAAUUUUACCAGCUAUGAUAUCAAAUUUUCUUCUUCUACAAAUGUGUGUCAAUAAAGUGAAAAUUUUUUUUCACAAAAAGGCGACGAAGAGACUAAUAUAUUUGAAAAUUAUGGAAAAAUUAUAAAAUUGCAUUUACACACAUAUUAAUAUGUAGUAUUAAUUAUUAAGUACUGUUCAAUGCAAAAGAGUCACAAUAAUAAUAAAUCUUUUUAUCAAAUUGAUGUUAUAAGGUUUAGCAGGUACAAUUAUUUCAGUUUUAAAAUGUCCAAAAGUAUAACUUGUAUAGUAAAAAAUUGAGCGCAGUAAUCAUUUCUCUCAUCAAAAGAUAUGCUGUAUGUAAUACACAACAAUGUAAUAAAUUUAAAGAUACUAUAAAUAAGAUCUCUAAAUUAUAUAAUUUAUAAUCACAUUUAUAUUUGUAGAUUACAUGUAACAAUAAUCAAUAUAAAAUUUGGUCAUUUGUAACAAGACUUUCUUUUAUAUUAAGUAAUAAAAUGCCUAUCAAUACUAGCGCUCAGUUUAAUAUUAAGCAAAAGUGUGAUGUCAAACGUCGCCAAACUAGGAAAAAAAUAACUCUUAUGUAAAUAAAAAUUGUUACAAUAAUGAAAUGUAAUUUUAACUGCCUGAUAAAAAUGAUACUUAAUAAUACUGUAUUGGACCAAUGCAUGCGAAGUAUUUUAAAAUCAACAAAUAAUUGGCCAUAAUAGACUAAGUGCCCUAUGUAAAGAUAUUUUCUGAAGAAUUGAGUUAAAUAAUAAAUUAUAUCUCUAAUAACA